UUUCGCUUUUCAUUUGUCUUAACAGUGUCAGACCAAACACAGUUGCGUAGGAGUCCACGAGGUGGUUUGGCUAGAAUUCAAUUUUAUCCUGGUUGUUUUAUUUCAGUUUGGAAGCUACGCGCACGAAGUGGGUUCCUGUAGAGGAUCAUGGCACAAAACAUCCCUGCUAUCUCUGAUUCUAAUGCUGACCCCUGGGAUCCAGAGGCAUUGCAGCAGUGUCCGUAUGAUAAAAGCCAUCAGAUCAGAGCCAUCCGUUUUCCAUAUCACCUCAUAAAAUGUGGCAAGAACCAUCCAGAGCUGGCAAAGCAGCUAAAGUCCUGCCCCUUCAAUGCAAGACAUCUUGUCCAGAAACACGAGCUUAGCAGCCACAUUGCCAACUGUGAAGAUCGUGUUGUUGUUACACAUGAUGACUCUGAUACCCCAAGUAUGAAUUCCAGAUGGCAGCCAAUUUCUGUGAGUAACUGGCAAGCUCCACCUUGUGAAGAGGACUGGGAUCAAGAAGCUGAUCUAAAUCCUGUUAAGCCAUUCUUUUGGGGCGAGACAAAUUCCCUGAAUAAGGGUUUGCAGACUAGUUCUUCUGAGGUCACCGUGGCCCCUGGCAUACGAGCUCCCCGGGUACUUCCUUGGAAGAACUAGGUGUUCCUGAUCACUGGAAGCUGCAGUGUUCUGUUUUUGUCUUUUGUAUUUUGUUUCUACAGUGUAAGGGUUUUAAUAUUUAAAUUGUUUUUUAAAAGUGGGUUAGGGUGGGUACUUUAAUGAUUUUAAUGUUUUUGUUAAGUCUAAUGCCCCAGCUGCUAAUAAAAGUUAAUUCUUUGAAUGGA